AUGAAGGAAGCCACUUACUAUCAUUUUGCCAAUGCAAACAGUGCUCGUGAACCCUCCAAACGCGCAGGUAUUCUAAUGAGUGGUUUGCAAGCACUGCAGGGAAGAAGUGGAAUUAUGCUAGCACUUAAUUCACCUUAUUUCCUGUGCGUUUGCAGAUAUAAACAUGAGCCAACAUCCAAAACGCCAACCACCGGCUCAACAAAGGGGGUCCGCGAUUGAUGAGGCGCUCUACCUGCUGGAAGGUGAAGGCAUAUCAUCGCCAGUAAGUUAUGUGAAAUAACGCUGUUAUACCUUUCAGGAGCCGCAGGAGGACGCCGAUGAUUCUUUCGACACCAUCAGCCUGGGUGACGACACCCCGACAACAGUACCGAAAGUGAGUGGGCAGGAGGAAAUCCUGCUGCUAAUGUGCAAACCCAUGCGUGCACAGUCAAUGAAACUAGACAUUCUAGUGGAGACUGUUCGCAAAUUACUCGGCCGUCAGCGGCUGUUGGAAUCAAUGAUUCUACAGCAGGCUAAAACCUCGGCACCGGUAGCUUCUCAGCUGCCGACGAACCCGCUUGACCACCAAAUACGGUCGGGUGUCGAUUUUUGUAAUUCGAAUGUCCGAUUACUGGACAAGGGAUUUCGACACCAGCUGGUAUACAACCGUAUUAAUCACACCCUAUUGCGUUAGACUUCCUUCCUAACAUGCCUAGGUGGGCAUAAUAUUGACGAAUUCGUCAAGCGGAUUUUCUUCGCCGUCUUCGACGAUGAAAUAAGCCUCUUUGUUAUUUUCAAAGGCCGAAGGACGAAAGAGAGCCUCAGCGGUUCGGAACUGUAUGAGGUUAUACUUGGUAAGUUUGCCGUUACUUACAACUCAACAACAUGCAGAAGUCUUCGGAGCGUGGAAUACCGAUGCCACCGUAAAGCUGUCUGACCUUGAGUCAGCACUUACCAAGCGCCUGAAAAGGUCGCUCGACAGUUGUGUCCAGCGUAAGAACAAGUCACAACUGACGCAAGAUGACAGUGGUAAAUUGAUUGUCGUUUAUCAGUAACUAAUUAUGACUUGUAGACAAUAUCCCCGGAUCUUCGACUGAUUCCCCGCCUGCAUUAACAAUGUGAACACAGAAGGGGUUCAGCAAAUUUGCUGAACCGCUUCAGCAAAUAAUACGCAGGUUAGGAGAGCUGCAGGCCGACCGGUGUCCGUCACAAUGUCCACUGGAAUUGACUUUUAACAGUGAGCACAGUAACGGUCCACUGCCGACAACGGGUGGGUUGUGUACACAAUAUGGAUCGAUUCAGAAACAGAGAUGUCUUAUAGGUACAAAUCCAACGGAGGGAUCAGUAGCAAUUGACGGUCGUUUAAUUUGCAUUCGGAACAUAGUACGUUAUCCGGCUGGAGAUGUAGGAUUUGUAUAUGUCGAAUAUGAAAAUGUGGAAGAUUACUUUGAGUAUCCUGUUAACUCAUCAAACAUUAAAAUUUUUAAAGCCAGGUUGGGGACCGUACUUAACACAUGCCCAUUGCCGCCAUCCUUACGGAAGUAUGCCUGCUUCCCCUUGGAGGAUCACUUUGUUCUGAUUGAAAUCAAUGACCGCUGGGACUCUGAUGACUGGACAUUUUCGGAUGUUCGAUGACUGAGUUGGACGGAUCCAUUUUUUCUUAUUCACGCAAGUUGCUCCUGUUCUCACUGUACUUCUCACCGUAACUCGGUCACUACCCACGAAACCUACAACCCAACAGUCCCUCAGCUAUUGUUUCGUGGGCAGUGAAGGGAGGCAGUGAUUAGCUACAUAUUCUUAUCCUACCCACACUCUACUUUUCCUGUUGGGUUGUAGAGUAUCAUGUCCUCAGAGGAAGAAAGCCCUAAAAAGAAGAGACCCAGGCGGUCAGCAAGGAACCCGUACGAUGAUGACAUGUGGGAAAAUGAAUUAAACCUCUCGACGACAUCAGUAUGAAUGUUAAUUACAUAAUUUUCCGUUGUCUACAGCACUCGCAAUCAGAAAACUCCGAAUCCAGCUCUACAUUGCCAUUGGUGGCCUCCCCAAAAUCCAAAGGUAAUUACCUUUCAUUCUAUUAUGCCUUUCUUAGGGCAUAAGAUGAGUAGAACCGAACGCAAAAGGAGACACAUGUCCUCCCGCGAAAUGCGGCGGAAAUUUAGAGGCGUUCUACGGUGGCUGAUAAAUAAUAGUAAAGAGAAUACUAAACGACUAGAGCGGGUUGAGUUGAAGUUGGAUGCUCGGGCCGAAGGACGUGCCAGUGCAGCCAUUUCCUUAUCCACUUCAACGUCUGUGGCUGCACCUUUUAGACGAAUGGCUUGCUUGAGUGAUUUAGAAAGAUUUACAAAUAAACUGACAGACACCGAAUUUCGGCAGCAGAUGGUAAGUGUCUUAUGACCUACUUAUUUCUCGUAUAGGUCAGCCACUUAGCUAGUUUUGGAGGCCGGACAUUGAGCGCAUUCGUCGACCGCGUGUUCAGUGCCCUAUUUCAAGAUGAAAUAACACAUCAUUUGACUUUUUACGGUCGACAACACGGGAAGAGCGCGUUCUUCGGCUCCCCAACCUACUCACUCGUCCUAGGUAUUAAAACAUAA